AUGAGCUGGAACUUCUACGAGGCGGACACAGUGGUCUUCUGGGACGUGACCGACUUCCCUAUCCAUACCGAUCGCACUUAUCUCGAGACACUCAAAUCAGUUCUUGUCAUCAAUGGUUAUACUGGUGGGCUGAAAAUCAAGGCUUAUGGUGAGAAGAAACCGAACAAUCUGGGUGAUGGAGUCAUCUUCGUGCCCAAAAGGGAAAAAUAUGCGAGACUUAAUAUCAUGUUACUUGACAUUAGUCUAUGGGGAGUGGACCUAGUUCGCUUGCCUCUUAUCCCAAGAAAUGUGAUAGUACUCGCAGAAAACAUAAAAGAAACAACGAACUUUGUCACCGUUUCUUGGAAUAUGAGAUCAGCUGGUACUAAAUGUAUCUGGGUACUGCCUGAUGAUUAUGAAGAUGAGAAAAUAUACCACUUGAGGCUUCCUAGUGCACACAUUUUCUGGAGAUGGCAAGAUCUAUUGGAUGGAAAAAAGCCUAUGUCCGAAGAGGAUGUACGUGCAUUGCGUCUCAAGGCUCCCUCUGAUCUACAUUAUUAUCCGAUUACAGGUGUCAAGAAUAAUGUAAGCUGA